GUAGCAUGGUUGUAUGACUUCUGGAACCUGUUUUUAGCAGCACCUAAGCAGAAGUGGAAAAAUGGAUGGUGGGAGCUAUCCAUGUUUGGAAUCUAGAUAAAGAGGAGUGGUGAUAGGUCAUUUGGGAAAGGGAUCUAAGGGUUAAGGAUCAAAGUAUCAAAGAGAAGAAAAUAAAAUCAGAGUGGAAGUGAUCGCCUAAGAAAGCUAAGAAGGGGUAAGUGAUUGGAGAUUAUAAUGGGAAUAGAUAAGAAUAGAUUUAGGAGGAGUGAGACUCAGGGAGAACUGGAAGAUCAUGAAGUAAUGGCCACAUAGAAGAAUUUGAGAGAAAUGGAUUAUGGAGGUGGAAAAUUUCUGAAUGAUGAUAGGAUCAAGAAUAUGAUCAUCGGUCUGCAGGAAGACCAACUAGCAGACCACUUCACUAGUCCAAGCAUGAGGUGAUAAAGGCAUGCACCUGUCAGAGGAUACUUAGGAGGGAAUUCAUGAAAGUAGAAAUAACAAGAUUUGGCAACAGAUUGGAUAUAGAAGAUGAGAGAGAGAAUGAAGAGUCAAGAGAAACUCUACCAUGUGGACAGUCGGCCCAAUAUGUCAAGACCUCUGAUCACUAGAUCCCCUGCAUCUCACUUUGUUAUAUGAAGAGGCAAAGUACUUUCAGCUUCGACCCAUGUUAUUGGAGAUGGAAAGAUGGAAACAGGAUCGGGAAAAUGGUCACUUUUCUAGACCUUGCGAGUGCUUAGUGGUACGAGUUGCCCCAGACCUCGGAGAGAGAAUUACACUCAGUGGUGACAAAUCUUUGAUAGAAGAAGUGUUCCCAGAAAUUGGAGAUGUGAUGUGUAAUUUGGUCAAUGCAGGUUGGAAUCACGACUCAACGCAUGUCAUCAGAUUUCCACUGAAUGGAUACUGUCACCUCAACUCAGUUCAGGUACUUGAGAGGCUGCAGCAAAGAGGCUUCGAAAUUGUGUACUCCUGUGGAGGAGGGGUAGACUCUUCCCAAUUCAGUGAAUACGUACUGAGGCGAGAACUCAGACGGACAUCUCGUGCACCCUCCGUCAUUCGAAUAAAGCAGGAGCCUCUGGACUGAAUGGACAUGUUUCUUAUGCAAAAAAAAAAAAAAAA